AUGCCCAACCAACUGCCUAGUUCACAGAAAGACCAAUCUGCUUUUGCAUCACGUCAUGGCUUACCUCAUAGGGCUAGCGGUUCAAGCAGACGCCCAGGUCUUUCGAGGAGUCAAUCAAAUUAUGCGACAAAUGCUCCUACGUCUACCACAGGAGGAAGCGUCACAAGCUCAAAGACAGUGAAACGGCCCAACAGAGAACGCUCGAGUAGUACUAGCUCGAACGGAAACAACUCAUCAGCGGCUAAUCCCUCAACGUCCAGCGAGCCGAGGAAGAACCGUGCCAAAUCAAUGAGCCAAACUCUCGCCAACAAUUUGCAUAAUAGCAACCAGUACAUCGCACAGGAAAGAGCAUAUUUGAGAAGGAUACGAAAUCAGUGGGAUAAUGAUUACUACACCAAAGGCAUAAAAGGUGCUGAUGAGGAAUCCAGCAAAGGAGAUUCUAAUAACAAUGAAGACGAAGAGGAGGAGGAUGACUUCCUGACGUACGGUAAUACCGACCUCUUAAUUGACAUCGAUGACGAAAAGUAUCAGAUCGACUAUAGUUUGGCUUUCGACAUCAUGAAAUCUGCGAAUACCAACUUGAACUUUCAGAACUCAAAACUGCUUGGGGAAGACACGGUAGAGGACCCUGCCGUGGUAGAACGCCUUGAUUGGCAGGCGAUGUUGUCAUCUGUUCUCACAGGGGAUGUUGUAAGAUCUGAGAAAACUAAAAUAAUUGAUAACACUAGCGUCAACGAUGGUCAAGAACCGUUUUUGCAUACGAAUUACAAAGAGAAUCUUUGGUUUGGAAUUCGUGCAAAACUAUUUAACAGAACCGAAGAUGACCAAAAGAAGAUAAUCUUCUAUCGCAGAACGUUGACUGAUCAAUUGAUAGAGGAAAUCAUGAACUUCGAACUUUGUUAUGACGACAAGCAUAAGUUAGCUCGUGAUCAGGUAGUCGACAUUUUGGAGAAAUAUGAAAGAGUCUGUGAUCAAUGGCGAAGUCUUGAGGAUAUGAAACAUGACAAACCUGCUUGUCGCACUGAGGGUUUUCAGAAUAGAAUUGAUGCUCUUAACGCUUGGCUCAGCAUCACCGAUGCAAUCGAAAGAGAAUCGCAGUCAUUUAAACUCUGGGUUGGAAACGAUGAUCUAGAUAUUAUGAAAGGUAAAUGUGAUUCCGUGGUCCCUAACGAAGCCGAGCUUGAAAGCAGUAGUCUCACAAGCUCCAAAAAUAAAGUUGUGAAGAAAAUUUUUGAAGAAGAUAAUAAAUCUUUGGCUGAAAGGCUCAUGAAAGAAAAGGAUGUUCAUACAAUUUUUCGAAAACGUAUCUUUAUUCCGCUUGCUCCAUGGAUGGUAAAGUCAAGGGAGACAUACAUCAACCUUGGCCAUAUUUUCGAAUUGCUAAAAUUGCCUGAUUAUAUUCAUGACUUGAUUCAACUUUGCCUCAUCCCCAUGCGUCUUAUUAAGGAGAUUAUCAACAUCAGAAUGAAAUACGCCUUGAAAUUACAGAACCCGACCUUGAUGAUGAUAGACCAGAUGAUUGAAGAUUUCAAAUCUUACAUCACCAUUGCAUUGGAAGUGAAAAAUGGAAUUAUGAGUUAUUGCAAGGCAGAUGAAAACCGAACUUGGCUCAUCGCGGAUCUUUUUGACAAUGACAUAGUAGACUUCGACCGGGUUGUUCUCCUGUGUGUGCGCUACUUCCUUGUUCUCUUGAACAGAAAACUCAUCGAUAGCUCUAAAACGCCUAAUACAUUUCGGACCAAUAAAGAGCCGGAGGAACUUGAGGACACAUGGAACUUUCUCAAGUCUUUGGGAGAAUUCAUUGAUGGUGGGAGUACCGUGGUUGCAGAAAAUAUCACGCUAAUCACGCUGCGAUUGUGUCUGAAACUUUUGUCUUAUCUUAAUAACCAGAUUAAGAACCCACCUAGCUCUAAUAUGAGUUCGAGUGAGCUCAUAAGAUGGUAUAACUCCACUACCGAAAAUUUCGGACAGCUCAGACGAAAGCUAGCCAGGUUCACUAGCGAGCUAUCCCGCUCAUUUACCAAUUCGAUCACCUUCGAGAUCCCUACAAACAAUGGAAGUCGCACUAAAGCUCUCUUGGAAGCUUUGAAGAGCACUGAUCAUUUCCUAGUAUAUACUGGGACAGUUGAAGCGCAGGGUAUGUACUUCUUCGCAAGUCCCGAAUUGAGGGACGAUGAGUCAGAAAUUUUGAGGAUUAUAAACGGCUCACGGAUAGGAAUUGAUCAGUCGGAUUCGUUUGAUGAAUUCGUAGGGCUCUUAAACAUGGUUAAUGUUUCAGGUGAGGAUGACUUUGCGAAUUCUGAUGAGUACAUUCUGAAGCUUGGCUAUGUGCUUGCCCUUUGUCCUCCUAAACCAAUCGUGUGGGAAGGUGAUAUGAUCACGUUGAACAUCAAGGAAGUGCCUAUAUCAGAUGUGAAAGUGGGUCAAAUGCUAUUCGUCACCAGUGAUCCUUUUUAUAACCUCGUUGAAAUACGAUCCCGCUUUGUGGAAACUGUCACUGACGCAAUGGAAGGGGGUAAUACGCUUAAAGUCGUCGAACAGCGCUCUUCCUUGGCAAAAGUCCAUCGAGAACUCACAAAGAUCAACAAGAUUUUUUUUAAAAUGACGAUGGCAAUACUAGACUCCGUCAAGAUUAUUAUAGAACGGUGCAAGAUGCUCAUUCCGAGUGGAGGAUAUCAAGAAUUAGUGAACUCAUAUUUCAUUUAUGCAAGAGAUUUUGGGAAAGGGUCCGUUAAAUGGGCAGAUCCUCUGAAGAAAUCUACGGUCAUAAUGAAACUCAUUCAGCUCUCUAUUCAAUGGGUCAGUUUCAUAUGUGAUGAUUGCAUACCAACUGACCGCAAAACUUUUCGAUGGUGUGUGCUUGCCCUUGAGUUCUCCAUGGAGAUGACCCGUGGAUUUAAUGUACUUGUUCUCAACGAAGACCAAUUCAAUAAGCUUCGACUCAAAGUGGCACGCUGUAUGUCGCUUCUAAUAUCACAUUUUGAUAUAAUGGGUGCUCGGUCUAGCGAAGCCGAGAAGAAAAAACUACUCAAGUGGACCUCGCAAAGACACAAAAUCGAGAACACUACGGACGAUGAGUACAUUCUUACCGCCUAUCGGGAAGAUGUCAUGAAGGAAAUCGAAGAAAUUGAGAAUUAUAGGGCAGAAGUUCAAGAACAGUUGAAUUCCAUUGGAAGAGUGUUGGACGUUUCCGAUCUGGAGUAUCAUUUUGUGAAACUUCUCGCCUCCUCCUUCUCUAGUGUUUCUAUCAGGUGGCAAAAAGGGCGCUUCAUAGGUGGUGGAUCUUUUGGCCAAGUUUUUGCUGCCGUCAAUCUAGACACUGGGGGCGUCAUGGCUGUCAAGGAGAUCCGGUUCCAUGAUAGUCAAUCAAUCAAGAUUAUCCCUUCGAUCCGGGAUGAGAUGACAGUGUUGGAAAUGCUUAAUCAUCCUAAUGUUGUGCAGUAUUUUGGUGUUGAAGUACACAGAGAUAAAGUCUACAUCUUCAUGGAGUUUUGUGAAGGGGGAUCACUCUCUGGCUUGUUGGCACAUGGACGUAUCGAGGAUGAAAUGGUUAUACAGGUUUACACCUUGCAGAUGUUAGAAGGUUUAGCUUAUUUGCAUCAAUCCGGCGUUGUUCAUCGUGAUAUCAAACCUGAAAAUAUCUUGUUAGAUCAUAAUGGCGUAAUUAAAGAACCUCAACUCGAUGACGGGGACACCUAUGUAUAUGUCCCGGAGGUGAUCACAGGUCAAUCGACAGCCAAAAAUGGAGUGGUCGAUAUUUGGUCCCUUGGUUGUUGCGUUUUGGAGAUGGCAACUGGAAGACGUCCAUGGGCUAAUUUGGAUAACGAAUGGGCCAUCAUGUACCAUAUUGCUGCUGGGCACAAGCCUCAGCUACCCUCUUCGGAUCAACUUAGUGAACCUGGCCGUUUAUUCCUCUCAAAAUGCUUAGAACACGAUCCUACCAAAAGACCAAGUGCUGUGGAGCUUUUGAGUGACCCUUGGAUUGUUCAAAUCCGUCAGGCUGCAUUCGGCUCGAGUGAUGGCUCGACGCCGUCUUCGGAAUUUGGACCUGGUAUCACGCCCACUGGAGAAAUAUCAGCGCCAUUGACUUCCUUUCCUGAGAGUGGUCAAACAAGUGAUGACAAACCUUUAUAG